GUAUUCUAGAAAUCACGCCCGCCUUGUGUCAUCCGCCUUUCCUCUCUAUAAAUUCGUGACUUUCUUUUGGGUUCUGAGUUUCAAGCGCCGUCACAGCAUUGCACCUCAAAGAGAGAGCGCGCGAGUGAGAGAGAAGAUUGAAUAUUAGUAGGUGUAGUCGACUAGUAGUUGAGAAGGAGGGUAGAAAGGUGAAAAUGGCAGCGGCAGCGGCAGUAGCGUUGGAAUUACCUCCAGGAUUUAGGUUCCAUCCAACAGACGAGGAGCUCGUGAUCCACUACCUUUGCCGCAAAUGUGCGUCUCAGCCGAUUGCUGUCCCGAUAAUUGCCGAAAUCGAUCUCUACAAGUACAACCCGUGGCAUCUCCCAGGUAUGGCUUUGUAUGGGGAAAAGGAGUGGUACUUCUUUUCACCUAGGGACAGGAAAUAUCCAAACGGAUCGAGGCCGAACCGCGCCGCUGGAACUGGCUAUUGGAAGGCUACAGGAGCAGAUAAGCCAAUUGGGCAUCCGAAGCCUCUUGGAAUCAAGAAGGCUUUGGUAUUUUAUGCAGGGAAAGCUCCCAAAGGAGAGAAAACAAAUUGGAUUAUGCACGAGUAUCGGUUAGCCGAUGUGGAUCGCUCGGUUCGCAGGAGUAACAGCUUAAGGUUGGAUGAUUGGGUGCUGUGUCGCAUAUACAACAAGAAAGGCACAAUUGGGAAGCAAGGACAAGUAAGCAAUCAGAUAUUGAACUCGCCGGAAAUAAUCGAGGAUAAGAAGCCGGAGUUCAUGGCCCCUCCGCCUGCUCCAUCAUCGGCGACGGGAACUGCAAAUGAUUACCUGUACUUUGAUGCGUCCGAUUCAGCACCGAAGUUGCACACGGACUCAAGCUGCUCGGAGCACGUAGUGUCGCCGGAGUUCACGUCCGAGGUACAGAGUGAGCCUAAGUGGAAAGACUGGGGGGACGCAAAUGCCCUGGAUUUCUCAUACAAUUACAUGGAUGCCACCAUGGAAAAAGAGUUCGGGUCACUGUAUCCGGGAAAUAAUCAGAUGUCACCGCUUCAGGAUAUAUUCAUGCACCUAGCGAAGCCGUUUUGAGUCGAAAUGCAGAUCGAGUGGAGCAUUGAAGUCUGAUGAGCAAUCGCACAGGAACACGAGACUGAAAGUCUAUGAGUGUGCUGUGGGAGAGAGUAGAUAAGAAAUUUAUUCCAAACGUGGAAGAUGGAUUUGGAUGGGAAUAAAAAGUAAAAAAUAAUAAUUAAAAAAAAAAAAAAAGCCUCUUGAUAUGUAUAUAUGGUAGUUUUAGCCUUUUAGGUUAGGGCACCGGGGAGCUAGGGAGGGGUGGGUGGUGGUGUUGUUAAAUACAAUCUCUAGUUGUCUUUUAUCUUUUAAGGUAGCUUUUAUUUUAUCCAUUUUUUUUUAGUAAGCUUAUUUGUACUCAUACAAUCUUCUUUGAUUACAUUUAUAUCUAAUCCUUAUCUCUCUUAUAAAUAUAAA